GCUGAUGCUCCCAGACGGAGAGAGGAGGCGCGCGCGCCUGGAGCGCUGUGCCUACGCGCCCCCGCCUGGGGCUAUAAAAGCCUCGCCACCUGCUGCCGCUAGUGCGUCCAAUUGCCCGAGAAGUCAACUCACCUCCUCCGGCGGCAGCUCCUCUCGACAUGGAUCCUGAGACCUGCCCCUGCCCUACUGGCGGCUCCUGCACCUGCGCUGACUCCUGCAAGUGUGAGGGAUGCAAAUGCACCUCCUGCAAGAAGAGCUGCUGCUCCUGCUGCCCGGCAGAGUGUGAGAAAUGCGCCAAGGAUUGUGUGUGUAAAGGCGGAGAGGGUGCCGAAGCUGAGGAGAAGUGCAGCUGCUGCCAGUGAGGACGUGCCCCGUGCGAAACGUGUGUAAAUAGUGCUGGGUGGCCCAGUGCCCCCUGUCCCCGUGGUGAGGCUCCGCAGUGUGUCCCCUUCCCCUGCUAGCCACUGGCAAGUAACAAUAAAUCCCAUGAACCGCAUAAA